GCCACGGAGGCGCUCCAGGGCGCCGGCGUCGACCUUGCCCCCUUCCAGUCUGCUUUCAAGACGGUCGCAGAUGCGGCGCAGCCGGCCUUCGGCGCCGCGAAGCCGAUCGCCUCGGAGACUGUGCAGACCAUCGGGUCCCUGGAAGGCACGGACUACGUCGUGGCCGCCGGAGCCGCGUUCCUCGCGUACCUGCUCCUGCCGCCGGCCUGGUCCCUGCUCUCAUACGGCCUGCGCGGCUACAAAGGUGACCUGAGCCCAGCUCAAGCUCUGGACAUGGUCACCUCUCAAGGCUACCUUAUCAUCGACGUGCGAACCGAGAACGACAAGGCCAAAGCCGGCGUGCCGCAGCUCCCCUCCAACGCAAAGAACAAGAUCAUCGCUCUGCCGCUGGAAGAACUUCCGAACAAGAUUAAGGGCAUGGUGCGGAAUGCGAAGCGCGCCGAGGCGGAGAUCGCCGCGCUGAAGAUCUCCUACCUCAAGAGGAUCGGCAAGGGCUCCAACAUCGUCGUCAUGGACUCGUACGGUGACAACUCCAAGACUGUGGCCAAGACACUCAACAGCGUGGGGUUCAAGAACUGCUGGGUCAUGGCCGGCGGCUUCUCGGGCCGGAAAGGGUGGGCGCAGAGCCGCCUUGGGACGGAUUCCUACAACCUCUCCGUUGUCGAAGUCGUCAAGCCGUCACGGGUGAUUCCGGCGGCCGCUGAACGGUUCGUGACGGUCUCGUCGACUUCGACCCCCUCCAGGACGACUCGCAAGCUUCUCCCUGGCAGCGUGGACAGCUGAGAAAAGAUUUGAACUCUGUAGAGAUCCGAUGUCCAUUUCACUGAAUUUCCAGCUUUUGUUCUGUAACCUGUACAAUGUUAGUGCUGCAAAUUGCUUAUCAAGCAUCCUCAGAAGAAAACACCACAAAUAUCUGGGGCAUAUAGCAAUCAGUGAAAAUUUAGGAAAUGGCCUAGAGUAAUGAGGUUUAGUUGCUGGAAGGAGUCAAAGUUGCCACAAAGAACAUCACUGUUUGUGAGCCAGAAUUUGUAAUAUAUCCAGUUGACUGAACACAUACAGUUCACUAAA